GCAACCACUGCAGAAGAAUGUUGUCACGUAUUAUCAUCACUACCCAUCAACUUCAGCCCCAAAUCCACUUCCAUUAGUGCAGUCACAGGUGCCAACUACUGGAAGUGGUCCUGCAAUGGGGACCAUUCCUCUUUCUUAUUCCUAUCCUUGUACAGAGGCACCUUCAACAACUUAUGUUUGACUUAAAAAUUGAUGAAGAAAAAACUUUGGAUUUGUGGUAUACUAGUGAAUGAAUUCCUGGUUGGAUCUUGACCUAGACUCACCUACUCUAUACCAAUUUACUUGCUAAAGGAUGAUAUCUUCCACUUCUGGUACCCCACUUCCUUUGCCAUGUCAAGGCUCUACUGUUAUACUUGUCAAGAAUUUUGAGUGGAUUUUCAUUGACAUGAAAUCAAAUGACAUAUACUCACCCAAUGAGGGGUCUUUUGUAAGGAGUAGAUGUAUUAGAUGAUGGUGCCUUGAAAAGAAAACAACAUCGUCCAGCUUAGUGGUUGACCUCUUGACCUUUGUGCUUGACUUCAUGACAUAUUUUGGAACUUAAAAUGACAUUUUCAUUUUUUCAUUGUUUAUAUUUGGGGAUUCUUUGGGAAGGGGGAUUGGGAUUGGGUGGGGUGGGGAUUAGUUGAAUUGAACCUUGAUCUAUUGGGUAUAAUAGUCAAUUAGUUCUCCUGUUUUUUUGAAAUCCCAAUAUUUCCAUCACAAGGUUCAAAUUUUCUUUUGAGUUGGAAGUCUGAGGUCCAAACUGUUGUGAUGUUAAUUAAAAGUAUUAGUGAAU